GCCCCCCCUCCUCCGCUCCCUCCCCGCGGCGCGUCUUCCUGCCGCAAUCUGCGGCCAACGACGCGCGCCAGGGGGAGCGCAUCUGUGCGCGCAGGGGCCCGGGUCGUGAGGGCCGCUCGGUGGGGGAGAAGCAGCGCACCCCCCACCGCAGAUCCCGAGCAAGAAUAAGUUCCCCCGAAUGCUCCUGUUGCAUUUAUGCUCGCGCAUUUGUGAGUGGAAAAGAAACAAUCGUUCACAAAGCCCUUAGUUAAUCCUCAGAAAAUGACUACAAAUGAAAUGGGAACUAAAUCAUGAUAUCCUCCAUAAAGUGCAGUUGGAAAAUAAAAAAAAAUCAGAAUUAAAAAAAAAAAAGCUAAGCAGUGUAAUUAAAUCCAAAUAAUGCUCUUAUUCAAAAGUUAAACUGCAACACGCAUGAACAUGAAAUAAAAAGUAAAUUCUACAAUUCAGAAUGACAAUAAAUGCUAUUUAUUUUAUUAAGCUUGAUGAACAAAAGCUCUAAUGACGUGUAUUUUAAUAUCAAAGCCAUCUUGUGGAACGCUCCAUCGUCUAAACAAUCAUUAGAAUCCAUGUGUGACACAUACUUAGCAUUGUAGAUGCGUUGGAAUUAAAACACACACAACUUUAGACUUUUUACAGUUGCUGCAGGUUAAGUGGGACCACGCCCACCAAGGGGUUGCAGGGGGGGCGUUACCAAGGUCAUUGACAAAUUCACCUUCAGCCGUGCGUAAUUGUGCGCAGCAGCCAAUGAGCGACGAGGCCGAAGAUCUGCAACUUUGGCAAAACGUGCGCGGACCAGCCCCGAUCGCACAUUCGAUCGCAGCCGAUGACCCGAAAGCGGCCUUCAUGGACUAGUCUGCCGCCUCCUUUUACCGGUUAUGUUGGCCCGGUUGUCCCCCAACUCCCUUGGCGUUUUGAUUUGACUACUUUUUGGUGUGACCAUUAAGGUAAGUCUGUUGAGUGGCAAGAUGUCCGAAAGAUCCCACAGCCCAAGCUCGGAGUACCAAACCCGCCCGUAUGACUUCAGCCGGGCUUGCACGCAGAUUUUGGGCCAAGAGGGCCUCGGGUGUUCGUCCUUCCACCAGCUCACCAUGCCAGAAGCGGGCGUGCUUUACAAGCAGCCCGCCUAUGGUGGCCUGCCGUCGGCCGCCGCGCAGAGCUUCUUCCCCUUUCCGUCGAUGGGGGCUGGCGACUACCGGGCCUCUGAGCUCCAGGCCGGAGACUUCGGCCAGCCCAAGUCUUGGUAUCCGUUGGCUGUCCCGGGGUACACCGGGCAGGUACCCGGUGUAACUGCGGCCACGCAGCCCACCAGCCUGAGCCCCCCCAUAGCCGAGACCCGGGAGCAAAACAAGCUCCCCGAGAUCAAGACGGAGAAAGACACCGGGGAGGACUACUGUGGUGAAAUGAAGGUCCAACAGUACCCGCCGGCCUCCGCCGCCAUGCCCCACGGAGUCUUCUACUCGAGCCCCUGGAACCAGUCCUUCUGGACGGGUAUCAGCCACCUCACGCCGCCCGGCAGCGGAGGAAGCAGCAACCAGAAUCCCUCAACGUCUUCCGCGUCGUCACCAUCCAUGUCCCCGUCACCGCCCAGCAACGGCAUGCCGGCGAACGCCUUCUUCGGCGUCAACCCCGGCCAGGGAGCCCCGGGGCCUCAGGGCCAGAACCCGGCCUCGUCAACACGAAGCAGCGGAUCGUCCAGCGGGGGUUGUAGUGACUCGGAAGAGGAAAACCUUUCCACUGAAGAAUUGGAACAGUUUGCCAAAGAACUGAAACACAAACGCAUCACUUUGGGUUUCACGCAGGCUGAUGUUGGCCUUGCAUUGGGCAAUCUUUAUGGUAAGAUGUUCAGCCAGACGACAAUUUGCCGCUUCGAGGCCCUCCAGUUGAGCUUCAAGAACAUGUGCAAGCUGAAGCCCCUCCUCCAGAGAUGGUUGAACGAGGCCGAAACGUCGGAAAAUCCCCAGGAUAUGUACAAGAUCGAGCGGGUGUUUGUGGACACCAGAAAGCGGAAGAGAAGGACAAGCCUGGAGGGAGCCGUCCGCUCAGCUCUGGAGUCUUAUUUUGUCAAGUGUCCCAAACCCAACACUCAAGAAAUCACGCACAUCUCUGACGAUUUGGGCCUGGAGAGAGAUGUGGUCCGCGUGUGGUUCUGCAACCGGAGACAGAAGGGCAAACGCCUGGCCCUGCCCACGGACGAAGACUGCGACGGGCAGUUCUACGAGCAGAGUCCUUCGCCCCUCAACAUGGCCGCCUCCCCCAUACCCGGCCAGGGCUACCCUCCGCCGUCCGGCUACCUCGGAGCCCCGCCGCCGCCGCUUUACAUGCCGCUUCAUCGGCCCGACGUCCUGAAGCAAUCGCUGCACCCCGGACUUCUGGGUCAGCUGAGCGGGUAGAAGCGGCGGGCGGCGCCACGGAUCACCCGCUCUGUCCAAAGAUGACUGAUCACUCCGCGCCAACAACUUGAAGUGUUUUGCUAAUGCAUGUUAAGUUAUUCAGUAGGCCGGAUUACCAAAGUGCAUUUGACGCAAGGCAGUUUUUAGUUUUUUGUCGUGCAGAUGAUUUUUUUUUUUUUUUUUUGCUUUUACUCCCAGUUAAGUCAUUUAACAGUAUUUGAGCGGAGCUGUUUGUCGUGUUCCACUUUUUUUGGAUUUAGAUGUUUUGAUGUCAAGAGAAUGGUGGGGGGCAACUAUCUCGUUGCUUCAUAACGAAAACAAUGUCAUUCUGUAAAAAGUGCCUUUCGAACAAGUUAUUUUUUAUUCUUUUAAGAGUUUGGAAACGUAAUGGUGGACUACUAAGAGAUUGAAUGCAAUAUUUUGAUAACAAAAUAGUCCUUGCUGCUAAUGUUCUCUGCUUUAAUUGCACAUUUUCAACAUUUCAUCAGGUGGAAGUCUCUCCUAUAUUUUUGACAGUCAAGUGUUGAAAUGUUUUCUAUCUAUGCUUCUCCACCACCACUGUUGGUUUUAAAAAAAUGAUUGAAUACAUCCUUUAAGAAUAAUUUAACUUGUAUGUGUAUAAAAAUAUUGACCUGCCACAAUAAGCAUUAACAUCAGUGAACAAUUUUAGAUAACUUUGAUAUGAAAUAUAUCAAGCAAAUUGAUCAUUUAAAGGUUGUCAUUUGGACUCAUCAAUGAAUUUUCAAACCAGAUCUAUCUUUUUUUUCUUCAUCCCUGUAAGUUUUUUUAACUGUUAACACUGCUGUCGAUUUGUUUGUACGUGCAAGACUUUGGUCAGUUGUGUUUAGAUCAAAUAUGCCUAACAAUGAUUAAGAUGU